AUGUCCGACGUCGAGCGCCCGCGCGAGACGCCCGCGCGACCGAGCGCGCGCGCGUCGACGUCCGCGACGUCCGUGCACGACGCCGCGCGCGCCGUGGUGGUCGCGCGAGCGCUCGGUCGCGCGAGCGUGAGCGCGCUCGCGAGAGAACUCUCGCUGGCGAUGCCGUUCGCUGGGCGACUCGGUGGGUACGUCGCGCGCGUGGUGUGGUUGCGAAAGGCGCGACGGAGGCGUGGACCGCUCGUCGCGGCGAGCGUGGGGGGGGUGGCGAUGAUUCGAGCGGUCGCGGGACGGACGGAGGGCGGGACGCGGAAGACGCGCGCGGGAAAGACGCUGGAGACGUUGCUGCGAUGCGCGAUGCGGGUCGUCGAGGCGCUGGCGUCGAGUAAACCGUUACCGAAGAUCACGGGACGGGUGGGGUUGAUCGUCGCCGCGGCGGCGCCGCAUAAGUUUUUCGUGCGGCGAUUCGCGAAGUGCGCCGCGCGCGUGUGUAAAAUUCCGGCGGUGCGGGUGAAAUUACAACGGCACGCGAAGCGGUUGGGGAAGUUGCUGGCGAAGAAUAAGGUGAAAAAUGAGGUGAGUUCGUAUAGGUUGGCGGUGAACGAGGCGUGGGAGGUGUUGGAGGAGACGCUGCCGAGGGAUCAGUUGUUCGCGAUGCGACACGCCGAGGGACAGUUGAGCACCAUCGCGCGGUUCACCGGGGCGAAGAAUAAACGUCGAAGACGACGAGGGCGGGGCACGACGACGCGCGCGAGCGACGACGAGGGCGAGAGCGACGAGGACAGCGACGAUGAGAGCGUGAACUUGUACGCGGAGAGCCACAGACGCGCGGUGUUCAUGCGACCGAUGGGAUGGGUCAAAGGCGGCGUGAGUCGCUUACAGAGACUGCCAGCGGUCGUGUACGACAGCGUCGUGGCGACCGAUACGGGGUAUGGGAACGCGCUUUUGAUGCCACGAGAGUACGAAAUUCACGCGUUGAAGAACAAACUGUCGCCGAUGGCGAGGAUGAAGUUCACCGACACCCAGCUAUCAUCAUUCUUGCUUCAAUCGAAAAACGCCUCCGCAGCAGCGCUCGCGGUGGAGCGAUCGAUGCAGUGGCGCAGACGGUACGAAUUUCUGAACGAUGCCAAACUGAAGGAGUUUCAAAACAUCGUCUUUAUUCACGGUCCGAAGCAAAGCUGGAGCGGGGGAUAUCAGCUCGUCCUGAGACUACGAGCAGCCAUGGACGUAGUGGGCAUGGAGGGCCUUGAUGGCGUCGUCUCCGCGGUUAUGACGCACGCCGAGCACGAGUGGACGCGCCUCAAGCAGUCGAACGGUGUCAUUCGUGGACGUUUAGUCGCGCUCGUCGAUUGUUCGGGGAUCGAUUUGACAUCUUUUCCGAUUUCACUCGUGGCAACGACGCUCGUGACGCUUGACGCGAAUUACCCAGAGCUUGCCGCCGAGGUACACUGCAUAAACGUCUGGUGGCUCAUGCGACGUUCGUUGCAAGUAUUACUCGAAGUCGUCAGUCCGAGCACGAAAGGGCGCGUUUUGGUGUACCAAGCAGAUGACGAUGGAUUUGAGAAGUUGCACGAGAGGUUCUCCCCGCACAUCCUGCCCAGGUGCAUCGUCGGCGGGAAGUGCCACUGUCACAAGUGCAAGAACGAGGCGUUUGUCACGAAACCACCUCGAAGAGCCCUAGCGGGAUCUUGGAGAAGUCUCACGUGGCAGCAAAUGUCGGGGUCGCAGCGGCGGCAGUACUUGAGACACUUGGUCGUGUACUUCGUUGCACUCGUCAUCUUCUAUCCAAUGUUCUAUUUCAGAAUGACAAUCCACCCGAUCAUGGCGACCACGUUCGCGAUGAUACACCGUUCGGGCUUCCGUGAGCGAGCGUUGGUGGCCACAGUCUUCGCGUCGUGCGUCAUGGGUUUCUUCACGUGGAAGUUUAUCACAAAUGCGGGUUUGAUGGAGGUUUACUUGCCAUUCAUCUCGCGACGGACACUAGCUUUUCUUCCGUGGACUUUUCGAAUGAACGAAGUGUAA